CGUUUAUUGACUUUCUCCUUUCCAAAGAUUCUUUCUACAUGAGAAAGAAAGAAAAAGGUUUUUUUUUUGUCAAACGUUUUUUUCAUGAUUUGUAUUUGGUGCUUUUCAAGAGAAAAAUAUUAGAGAAAAAGAGAAAAAAAAAAAAGAAUAGAAAAACUUUGUAAGAGAGAAACAAAUCCUUAAAAAAGGAAAUAAACAGUAAUGCACGUGAGAAAGGUUUUUUCAAGUUUUCGUUUUGUUUGUUUUUAUUGUUUUAUAAUUUUAUUUUUCUGUUAUAUUCGAAAAUAAAUAACAAGAAGAAAAAAAAAACGAGUCGUUCUUGCAUUUAAUCUCGCACCACACCAACAAAAAGAGUGAGAGAAAGAGAGAAGAUCGCUCAGGUUUGUUCAUCUUCACCGGCCGAUCUCAUUUGCGGCGGAAAAAGACACUCUGAUAAGAGAGACGUGAUUUUGUGUGGUGUGUUUCGAGCAAGAAAGGUUAGAAGGCAAAAAAUGGUUGGACCGUCGCGGCCUCAGAUCGUUUUGUUUGGAUCAUCCAUUGUUCAGAUGAGUUUCGGUCAUGGUGGUUGGGGUGCUAUUCUCUCCGAGGUCUAUGCUCGCAAGGCCGACAUCAUUCUGCGAGGAUAUUAUGGAUGGAACUCAACUCGUGCUUUGGAAGUUGUGGACAAAGUGUUCCCCAAGGAUGCUGCGGUACAACCUUCUCUGGUGGUUGUCUAUUUUGGAGGAAACGACUCAAUGGCGCCUCACCCUUCUGGUCUAGGACCUCAUGUACCGCUUACUGAAUACGUUGAUAACAUGAAGAAGAUGGCUCUUCAUCUUCAGAGCCUUUCAGACUCGACCCGUCUCAUAUUUCUUAGUUGCCCCCCAGUGGAUGAGGCCAAAGUUCGUCAGAACCAAAGCCCAUACUUGAGUGAGGUGAUCCGCACAAACGAGCUAUGCAAGACAUAUUCAGAUGCUUGUGUGGAGCUGUGCCAAGAGCUCGGCCUAGAAGUAGUUGACCUCUUCUCUACUCUUCAAAAAGCAGAUGACUGGAAAAGUGUUUGCUUCACAGAUGGGAUACAUUUGUCAGCACAAGGAAGCAAACUAGUGGCGGGGGAGAUACUGAGAGUGAUAAAAGAAGCGGAAUGGAAACCGUCGCUUCACUGGAAAUCGAUGCCAACCGAAUUCUCAGAGGACUCUCCUUAUGAUCUUGUUUCAGCUGAUGGCAAACAGACUGUAAACUCUUCAGAAUGGACUUAUUUCUGGGAAGAACAAUGGGACUAAAACAUUUCAACACAACAACAACAAACAACAACAACAACAAGACCUUAUCCUUUAUAUAAAUUUUACUGUCUUAAAUGUACUAAGCUUUGCUUUUACAUUGUUUACAAGUGUCUCUCUGCUAUAAUCUUAUUCCCCUCUUAAAAAAAAAACGUUACCAUUUUAAA